AUGAUGCAACUACUUGAGAUUAACGUGACAUCCAACAACAUUACGAACUCCAGUAAGAACGCAAUCAAGCGCUUCUCCAGUUUCGCCACGUCUAUCUUCCACGUGCAUGAUCUUCGAGUUUCCCUUUUCCUCAUCGCGGACGAUCUCAUCCAUCUCGGUCUCGGACUUCAGUGUGCUCAAGACUUGCUGCAGAGUGGGUCGGGACCCGGGAGCCAUGAUGCGAGAAAACUGACGCACGACAUCUCUGUGUGUCUGCACUACUCCCAUGAGAAUCACGUCCACAGUGAGAUCAUCAUCGAUAACUCGACCCAGAUUAGCCAACGCACGACGUGUAUCGUGAAUUUCCUGAAGCCAAGAAUCCAUCGUCUGCUCACGAGUAUCUUCCGACAUUUCCUUGCCAGUUGGAAGAUCACACAUACGCUCAGCGUCUUCAACUUUAGCACCUCGAAGCAACGUAUCUUUCACAAAGAAGUCCAACAUAUCGUAGCGCUGUUGAAGUUCCCCAUUUACAAUCGGACGCUGUACGGAUCCAUCGAUCAGACCCCAAGCAUUAAGUCGAUGUUAGGCGGUGGCAAUGGUAUCCUUCGUUGUUGUUCUUCAUUAGCGUGCGACCUCGCUGGAGCGUUCACCACCGGAGUUCCAGUCAAAAUGAGUGUUGAAGUUGCCAUCAUCCGUCGCGACGCGGUCGGAGACGGAGUACCAAGUAAGUCUGACAUCAAAGGCAGCGUCCACGACACCGUCAGCGUUCACCGAACGUCCCCUACUCGUUCACUUGCAGAGGUCGUGUACGAUGUCUGGACAGUGUUUACGACGGAAGAAGUCUCAUACAUUGUCGGCCGCCCAUUGGCUGCUAUGCUUGCGAAUGACGGCGCUGACGUGUACAGCGCCGACAUUGACUCGCUGUACCUAUUCCGUCGCGGUAAGCUCAUCCCGAGCGAAGAGACACAGGAGACGGCGUGUAAGAAGUCUCGUGUCAUCAUUACUGGCGUCCCCGUUAAGAGCUACAAGCUGCCGCUUGAGUGGGUCAGCGAAAACACGGUCAUCAUCAACGUCGCGUCCUUCAAGAACGUGGACGAGGCCGAGCUGCUUAAGAUAAAGGGCGUGCAGUACGUGCCACUGGUGGGUAAGGUCACGGUGGCCAUGCUCGAGCGCAACCUGCUGCGUCUGUACGAGAACUUCCACUGGAAGCCUAAGAAGGUCUGGCAGUAA